CCUAGACGCCGGCGGGCGGAGUAAGGGCGGGGCUUGGCUCCAGCUGGAGGGCGAACUUUCGUUUCCCCAAAGUAGCGUGGAGAACUACCAGUUCCUCCGCAUCCCUACAGCGCCUCCGGCAAGCACCCAGCCCAGCCCCGUCCUCCGAUCCCUCCGAGCCUCCGUCCGGUCCAUGGGUUUGGAAGCUGCCUCCUCUAGGCCCAUGGAGACUCUUGUCUUCAUGGACCUAGAAGCCACAGGACUGCCAUUCUCGCAGCCAAAGGUCACCGAGCUGUGCCUGGUGGCCAUCCACAGACACGCCCUGGAGGCGCCCCAACAGACACCUCCCUCGGUGGGCUCUUCCCCGGUGCCGCCGCCCCCGAGGGUGGCUGACAAGCUCUGCCUGUGUGUGGCUCCUGGAAAAGCCUGUAGCGCAGUAGCCAGCAGCCUCACGGGGCUGAACACGGCCAUGUUGAUGGCCCACCGACGGGCACCCUUUGACUCGGCUCUUGCGGACUUGCUCCAGGCCUUUCUAAGACGGCAGCGCUCCCCCGUCUGUCUCGUGGCCCACAAUGGGGACCGCUUUGACUUCCCCCUGUUGCAGGCUGAGCUGAGCGCCGCGGGGCUGGGCACAGAUGCCCUGAGCGGUGCCUUCUGUGCGGACAGCAUCGCAGCCCUGAGAGCCCUAGACCGCUCGAGCCCUACCAUCGAGUCCGGCCAAAGGAAGAGUUACAGCCUAGGCAAUGUCUACGCCCGCCUCUACGGCCAAGCCGCGCCGGACACCCACACGGCUGAGGGCGAUGUCCUUGCUCUGGUCAGCGUAUGCCAGGCCAGGCCCCAGCCACUGUUGCAGUGGAUCGACACUAACGCUAGGCCCUUCAGUAGUGUCAGACCCAUGUAUGGAGUAGAGGCAGGGACGCCCCCGGGGGGCACCCACGAUGUGGUGACAAGGACCGAGUACAGGAAGCCCCGGACAGCCACCACUGCCUCGGCCAACUCAGGGGAUGCCAGCCCGGCUGCCAGGAAGAGGAGAGGGAGAUCAGCAGCUCCCUCCCAUGCUGGCAGCGUCUCGAGUACCUCAUUUUUGAACAUGUCCCACCUGCUAGCACUGCUGGGCCCCCUGGUCAUCUUAACUGUGGCGGUAGCUCUGUACUGGGUACCGUGGGCUUCCUAACCCUGUCAUUCCUGUUGUGGCACUACCCCAAUCUCAUCCUGACUGUGGGGUUUGUCCUGGGGCGGCUCAUGGAUACAUUAUAAAAUAAAACUUCUAAAUAAAAAUGGUCUGCCACUAGAGGAA